CUUAUGUACUUUCUGUCCAUCUCCCAGAAAACCCCCUACACGUAUUCAACACUCGACAGAGUAAGCAACCUGACCAUCCCCUGACUUCAUCAUCUCAUCAUUCACAUCUUCAAACUAUAUUAGCAUUCAAUGUCAGCAGCACUCUUUGUAUGAAUGGGCAAUGCCCUUCCCUGUCUUACAGCUCCCAGCAUCCUUCAGCUGGCCUUAACACAUCCAUUAUUUAAGAUCUUCAACCACAUCUUCUUCUGACGAAGCCUACAUUAGAAACACAUUAGACUGGCCCAGACUGAUCACGCUGGAUCCAUCUAACUCAGACGUCUUCAGCACUAACUGUCUUUGUUUGCCCUCCCAUCUGAUUAUUUUGAACUCAAACAUCUCAAACAAAAAGACUUAAAUGUCCUUUCAAAAUAAGCCUCUAAUUCAUUUGUCUGGAUCUCUGAAGCUGCAAAUCAAUCAUGUGGUCCAUGUUCAUUGUGCCGGAUGAAGAGGUAAGGACAGUGAAUACAUCUCCUGGAGUGCCCCAGCCUUCCGCUGGGCUGGAAGGGUUUUUGGGAUCACGAGGCGGUGGACGUAAACACCGAAACAGAACGCACUCCAGUUCUGGAGAUGGAAUAAGUGAAAACCAAGAGGGCAAAAUCAAGCUGACGUUGUUCAUGGCUGUAACCGGCAUCAUGCUUACUGUGCUCGGGGUGGGAACAGAGUUCUGGGUGGAGCUUAAACCAUCCAAUAGCUUCUACAACAAUCAGACUUGUCUGGUAGCACAUUAUGGCUUAUGGAAAUGCUGUACCAAGACAUUCUUGGUAUCAGAUAUGGACCCAAAGAAGGAGAUCUGUGGGCCUUUGCACUUUCAAGGAGAAUCCAAUUGCACCUUCUUUAAGUUCUACACCACUGGAGAGAACAUUGUCCUAUUUCAGAAAACGCCAGAAAAGGAUCUGACAGUAGCGUCCGCCAUGUUUGCUAUCAUUAGUCUUUUCCUGAUGGUGAUGGGAACUAUCUGCAUUAUCAUGGCAGUAGGCAAAGGUGUUCAGUUCUUCUUGAAGCCAGCAGCAUUUUGCUUCAUACUGUCAGGUGUCUUAAUCUUCCUCUGCCUCAUAGUUUUCCACCAAUCAGUGCUGUCUUUCUUAGCAAGUGACCAGUCCAUACCUCUACAUCAUGAAAUGUCAUGGUCAGUGACGUGUUUGGGCUGUGCUGGAGCUCUGGUCAUUGUCGCCGGUGUCUUGUUCCUGCUCCUUGCUCUUCCAUUCAGUCCUUGGGAAAAGUGCUUACCUAAGAAAAACAGUGACAUCUAGUGGUGAGGGGGACUUCUCAUUCAGAUUUGCGCUGAAGCCUCUUUAUAAAGUGGAACAGACAACAACAGUACAUCCUGGUGAAUCUGGGUAUAUA